UUGUUAUUUCAACUUUUCAUGUUAAAUUUUAUAGACGAUAAUGACGAUGACGAAAUUUGUGCUGAUUUACAUACAGAAGGAGCUAUAGAUGAAGUGCCAAUUAAUAACAUUAAAAUUACACAACGAAAUAUCCGACGUCGAAAACGAACUCGGAGAUGCACGUAUAAUUCCAAUGAACUCGAAGUUGCAACUAUUGACAUUGAAGACAAAAAUCAAAGCACUAGUUCUCUUUCUUGUUCAGAAACUAACAAGAAUAAAAAUAAAUUGGAAGAUAAUAAUGAAAAUUGUUCUGAAGCACAAAAUCAAGGAGCAUUUAAUACAGCAGAAGCUGCGGAAGUUGACGGAAAUAAAGAUACCGAAGAAAGUACUGAUGAUAAUGAGGAACAAGUUUAUAACGUUCCUUAUGAUGAUUAUAGCUAUUGGAUUAACGAUGAGAAUAUAGAGGAAGACAAACAAGAAACACCAUUUCUAUCUAUUAAGAAUAUAAAAUCAACUGUGACUACAAACAAUUUAUAUGAAGAAGGAAGAUGUAUUAUAUGCUUAAGUGAAAAAUCUAAGAUAGCUUUUAUACCAUGUGGUCAUUUAUGUUGUUGCAAAGACUGCAUACAAAAAUUGUUACAAGAAAAAUGUCCUGCGUGCAACACUCCAUAUAGUAAAUACAUCCUUAUAAUAACACCAUAAUAUGAC